AUGGGCAGACUGCCGGUCAACCAGAGUGCUGCGGCGACUCCCGCGAGCUCGUGCGCGCCUGAUGAUAAGGCUGCGGCCGCCGCUUCAGAGGGCGCCUCCAAGAAGAAAGCGCCGUUCCCAGACCCGCCGGCAUGCUUCGGCCUGGGGCAGCUCACUCGCCACAAUGUCAUGCAGAUGAAGCAGCUGCAUCUCGCGACCCUCCCUGUGACCUACGGCGACGUGCUGUACGAACAGCUGCAGCGACACAGCCAGUUUUCCCGUCUCGCGUAUCUUGGCGAGGUCAUGGUCGGCGGCAUCUGCUGUCGUGUGGAGGCGCCUCCCGCUGCAGCUGCAGGGGCCCCGAAGAAAAGACACAGCCUGUACAUCAUGACUCUCUCGGUUCUCAAGCCGUACCGGAGAUACGGCGUGGCGUCGGGUCUCCUAUCGUAUAUCCUCUCGCGGGCCUCUGAGGCGCAGCAGGGCGGGGUGGAGUUAGAGGACUGCUACCUGCACGUGUGGACUGAGAACAAGUAUGCGCUUGAGUUCUACGAGAAGCGCGGCUUCGUCAACGAGGGCAUUCAGGAAGACUACUACACAGACGUCACGCCGACGUCCGCGUACAUCCUCCGCACGCCGCUGCCGUGGAUCUACGCAGAUCCAAAAUUCGCCGCGCAAGGCGCAGACGGCGACGGAUACGACGUGACGCAGCACAACCUCGUCGUCACCGCCUCGGGGGGCACCGGUGGGAAGUGA